GGCGCCGAACAUCUUCUCCCUCUGUUGCUUCUGCAACUUCCAUGCAUCGAUGGUGAGAUCAGAGACUGCAACGCUGUGGUAUAAGAUGCCGUGGCCUCUUGACCAACUGAUGGUUGCUCUUACCUUGAGAAGAGAGAAAGUCAUGCAUGCGUUCGUUCGACAACAUCCAAAAUGAAGCACGCCAACAACCCUUCGACUGAUCUGAACUCGCAAGCGACAUCGUGGUCUCUCACCAGUCACCAGUCGCUGUAACGCUCACUACCGGUCACUGUCAGUUGAUGAUCCAAUUGAAUGCUAGUAACAUGCAUGACGAUACUUUGACCCGACAGCGCCGGAGCGGCAAUGCAUGAGAUUGAGGGGUCAAGCAAACCAGUCAAGUGAGCAUGACGAACUCCACACGGAUAGAGAGAAGGAUACAUACACCACGUCACGUAUACGGAACCAGAACAAGGAUCGUCACAGCCUAAUCCGUAACAAACGCCUGACCUGGCGACGAAAAGCCGCACGAGUGGAAGGUGAACUGAAAACUUUGACCACACAGACAGGCCCGCCAGCCGGCCUCUGCUUCUGUUUCACGAGACGAGUGAAAGGGACUCUUUCCCUCCCGAGUCCACAGCUCGUGCGAAAAGCCAAACCGACGAUGAUGAUGAUUAACCAGCGGGCGGCGGCCGGCGGGCGCACGUCGACGUCGGGCAGAAUCUGUAACUUGCAGGGAACAUCCUCGCUCAGCUUGCUUUGCCACGGCAUCGACAGCGACCGGGAGGCACGGCACACACACAUCUCCUCACGACGCCUGCUAAGAAACGCUGUUCCGAAGCGAUCAUGGACAGGGACCUCCGGGCCAAUGCCUGUCCGCAUACAAGAUUUCGCGAUGACCUACCUGAGCUGCACUGCACAAGUGUGCUGCAGUGCAGACGGACAGCUCUCUCUAUCUAUCCUGCUCGCCAGACGCCAGGUAGUAAAAGCAGCUUGGGCUGUGUUGGAAAUGGAUCCAUCCCGCCGCCCAAGCUGGGGAGCGAGCGCCCGGAUCUGGACAAGGAGACGCUGGAAAUUCAGCAGGGUCACAUCAUGCGGUGCAUCUCCCUACGCCCGUGCCCACUUGAUUGGGAGGGGGCAGGAAAAAGUGUCAACACCAAACAAAACUAUACACUACUUUUCAUUCAACCUUGCACGUCCAACGGCGACGGGCACAGGCACGUGUGCUCACCACCUACAGCUUCCAUCCACAUGCACCGCCCCCCUUCCUCUGGUACGAGCACGGCAUCUUGCCCAUCCACACACGCACAGAAAUAUCAAACACAAGUGAUGGAGCUGCUAGACUCCCCCCUCCACAUGCACUGUCCCCACUUUCAUCUCCGGACGAGGGCUGCACAGUCAUCAUCACAACAUUGAGAGGCAGAGGCGAAUGAUCUGUCGUCGCAGGGGGCCACAGGUACAGCAUCCAUAAUCAGGCAAUUCCAUUCAUUCAUUUCCUCCCCCCCCCCCCCCCCCCCCACCCACAAGAGCUACUUACAACAACAAACCCAGACGCAUGUCACUGUAUGCCACCCACACCAAUCAUGGCUGGACCCUAUUCUAGUUGGAAUAGAUUUUGUUUUCUCCUCUUCUUGCUGGUACUAAAACAAUCCAGUCAGAGUGUAUCGACAGACAGUGUGUAAUGGGAGCAUCAGUUGCAUAACAAAGUUACCUGAGAUCUGCAUUCUGAUUGAAUCUUUCCUCCUCCGGUUAAAGCUGAGACCCCCCACCCAAAAGAAACGAGGAACUGGAGAAGCUACAAGAGAAUAGAGGGAGAGAACAGCCUUCGACAUCCAUCCAUGCACAAAAAACGGGGCUACGAGACAGAUUCUAUGCACUCCUCCGACCUUUACACCAUGGGAUGGGAGGAUGGAUAACCAGCCAAAACUACACAAAAGUAUUCACUCACAUCAGCCAUUCCCAGACCCGAACAACCUUUUAAGUUAGCAAGGCGUGUCCUCGCAGUGCCCCUCCUCCCCCUUCCUGAUCACCACAGCAGCAACCAAAAGCAGGUUCUUCGAGCUGUGGCCUGCUUUUCUCUUCUCAUUGUAUCUUUCCUCCUCCAUUUGGGGCUUCCGCUGGAUAAGCACUUGAGCUCGCCAGCUCAGAUUACCACUCCGACGCAUGGUCACCUGGGCUCUGUUUAUUUUCCUGCAGCGGGCUUCUGG